CAUGCCUGUUCAGAGUAAUGAGCCAGCCUCCAUAGAAUAAACAAAUAUAUAUAUUUUCAUUACAAAGUCAAAUAAUUAUUUUCCCUCAAAGCAUGGGAUUCUAUACCUUGAUUCUUGACCCCUAAAUCACCCCUUCUCACGUCCUUAUAAGACAACUAAAAGAAACCUACAAACCUAAUCACACGCUUAUAUAUAUAUAUUUCAAGGUAUAUAUUCAAAAGCAUAGUCCAUCAAUAUUAUUCUCUACAUUUUGCUUCAACAAUAAUAAGUGAUAUAUAAUAAAAUCAUAAACACAUAGUAUUGUGUUUGUGAUAAAAAAUUGAAGGUGCAAAUUAUGGCUGCUUCUAUGUCUUCUUUCUUAUCUAUGAAACCUAUGAAACCAAGAGAAACAUAUCUCAAGAGAUUCAACAUACGUCGAGGGAUGCAAGUAAUAAAAGUACAAAAUUAUCAUCAAGAUGAAGGGAGAUCAACCGAUAUAGUAGAUGGAAAUUUGAAUGUUCUAAAGGAGAGGAUAGAGAUAGUGAAGGUGAAGGAGAGACUUGAAAGGUGUUGUAGAUAUCGACAUGGUUGGAAUUAUGUGCCACUUUCUAUUAAUGAUCAUAAAAGAAACAAAAGAGAGAAAGAAUUGAGAAGCUUCAUUGAGUUGAUUUGUCUAGUUUGUGGAACUAUUGGUUUGACCUCUUUUGUUGGAACCCUUUUCCUUUGCCUUGUUUCAUUGAUUGUUCAUUUGCAAGUAUGACUUAUUAAAAAUGUAUAGGUUAUUAGUUUGAGUGUGUUUAGCAGUUGAUGAGUAUAAUUAAUUUCUUCUAUUAGAAAAGGUUUUUGGAGGUGUCUUCAUGGUCGUUAUAUAUCUACAUCGUAUGUGAAUUUU